UUGAACAUGCUUUGACACAACUGUUAGCCAACGUAAAAGAAAAACAUCUAAAUAACACAAUCUGGAAAAUUCGAAAAUCCCGCCGACAGGGGAAACAAUGAUUGGUAAAUUAUCAGCUUGGUACCGGGAAAAUGUCUCGGAGUCCGUGGAGUGUGUUUCAUGUCGACUAAUAAGUGGAUUCGGCAUGAUCGGUAUUGGAGUGUUUCUUCUCUCACAAGCAAAGCGUCGUCGCUCACCUGUAGAGCAUUACGCUAUGAAAAGCAUCGCUGCAGUCGCUGGAUUACUGGGCGUUGCACGUUUGGCUGAUGCAGAUUUCCUGAAGGCAAAGGCAGAACCCGGAAAGGAGCAGAAAAAAAUUACAGGCGAACAUCCGUUUUUUAAGCGCUGAUAUUUAAUUAUAAACGUAUUAGUUAAAUUUAA